GCCACGCGUUCUUCUUGUAGCACAUCACGUCUCAAGUUACACCACUCCUUGUCGCGGUCCGAGGGACUUUUUUAGUUUCCAUUUUUUAUUUCCCUCAGAUCCCCUUUCGCCUUCUUCUCGGUACCGCGGGGGGGAAAAGAUGAGACCCCGGAGGGACUUCUGCGAUAAUUUCCUGUCGGAGAUCAACAAAGCGCUCACGGAUUCAUGAAGUCAUGUGAAACAGGCCUUCCUUGGCUCGCCGGGGCUCCCCAGAUGAUGUCCAGGCCGGAAGUCCAGGACAGCAAUGGCUGCGACAUAGAUUCUAAACUCGGAUCGCAAGCGGCUUCGUCUCCCGGAAGUCCAUUCUCCAGAGAACAAGGAGAAGGUCUGACGUCAUCUUGCGAAGACAGCGAAGAUUCCGUCAACGCCGGCCCCGAUAACAGCAACCCUCUUGCUCAACUUCAAACUGCUCUCGAAAAGAGCGGCCUUCUCGGUGUCCAGUUAACGGAUAUCGAACGCAAGGGACAGAUGCAGGAACUGUACCGUUGCCACUUAUGUACCUACCAGGGUACAUCCCAGCUACAGUACGGCGCGCACAUGAGCAGUCACUUCGACCAUAAGUGUCCGUUCUGUGACUACACCUCAAGGACCGAGGGUAGACUGAAGAGACACGUCAAGGACUUUCAUUCCGAGGUACCUCCCGAAAGCUGGGCGGGAACUAGGGUACCUCGCACGGACGACGGUGCACUGGACGGCGGAAAAGAGCGCAAGUUCCGCUGUAAACAGUGUGGGCACGUCGCAGACAGCAAAAAUGACUUCUGGGAGCACAGCAAGGUCCAUAUCAGAUCAGAGAAGUUGCUAACGUGUCCAAAGUGUCCGUUUGUUACGGAAUAUAAACAUCACCUGGAAUACCAUCUAAGGAAUCACUUCGGCUCCAAGCCCUUUAAGUGCGGCAAAUGCAAUUACAGCUGCGUCAACAAGUCCAUGCUGAACAGUCACAUGAAGUCGCACUCGAACGUUUACCAAUACCGUUGCGCAGAUUGUAACUACGCCACGAAGUACUGCCAUAGUCUCAAGUUGCACCUGCGGAAGUACCUUCAUAAACCAGCAACGGUACUCAACCUUGACGGUAGUCCCAACCCUUAUCCCGUGGUUGACGUGUACGGAACACGACGUGGACCCAGGCCAAGGAAGAAGUUCGCUAUGGCACAGGAAGACCCCGUCUUCCCCAAUACGAUGCAGGGAAAUUUUCAGCCUACGCAGCUUCCACCGCUGAUACCUGUUAGUUCGGUUGGCUUUGCGUACCCACCGCACCUGAUGAAUGGUUACAGAGCAGCCAUGAUGAUGGGAGCGCAGAUGUUAGAUGGAAUGAACUUUCAGCAACAGCAGCACGAACAACAAGAACAAAAUAGUUUGAACAAUGUCCAAACGGGGUUCCCUGCUUUCGCGCCGCGGGCGCUACCGUGGAAAGACGAAGAACCACGCCAGUGCACCAUGUGCGGUUUCACCUCAACGGAUAAAGAACUGUUCAACCAGCACGUUCUCCAGCACAGCGUACAAGAGAACCAGGAUCAAGCGUACACAAAACGGGAAAGCGUUCUCGUUAACGAAACUUCGAUGAAAGUGGAAGAACCAGAAGAACUCAAUCCAAGUCGUGUCCAAAGUCAAGCCACUGUUGAUGUGUCGUUUGUUUCUUCGACGUCGAACCUGGAGGGCUCUGCACAACCACUGACCGAAAACGGAACUAUUAAAAUUACGCCAGAGGAACCUGUUUCUAUGGAUCUAAACGAGGUGGCCGAUGUUCAUAUAGAGUCUCACACAGAAACGAAAGACUCGCCGACACCUGCCAAAGCCCGACAACUACCAUUGGACCUGAGUCGUCCGAACGACAUUGCAGACGAAUCGCCGGUAGCGCCACCUGUUCGCAACAGACGGAAGGGCAGAGCAGUCCGGCUGGAUCGCAUCUGCAUGAAACUGCAGACAGAACGCGGCUCCGAUAUUUCUGACAAGUCCGACGAAUUGGAUACCGUUACUGAAGUCAAGACCUCGUCCAUUUAUGAAACUUCAACCGAAGCAGAAGUAGCCUCCGAAGUCGGUUCCGGAACCACGUCCCCUGCGGCCCCUGCGGCGUUGCAGCAGACGACACCCGAGCGCGGUGUCGUCCAAGUGCAAGACGCUGGAAAACCGGACAAUUCGUCUGACUCGACGGCUCAAGAGAUUGAAUAUCGGUGUGCGUACUGUGACAUUGUAUUCAAGCACUGCGUCAUGUACACUGUCCACAUGGGGUACCACGGUUACCACGACCCGUUCACGUGCAACAUGUGUGGACAGCAAAGUGAGGAUAAAGUGGCAUUUUUUCUGCAUAUCGCGAGGGCAGCUCAUCUAUGAAUGGACAUGGCUAUGAUGUGGCUAAGAACCAUCCGAAACAGAAAGUCCCAAUGUUGACUGCCCACCGCCUGCGAUGCAAACGAAUUUGACGUGCCAAAGCUGAAGUGAGAAAAAUGAGAAGAAGAAGAAGAAAGAAAGAAAGAAACAAAAAUAUGUUACAGCAAUGUUACAUAAGCAGAUAGAGUUCGGAUGCUCUAAAAAUAGAACUUCACCGCAUAGCACGCUCUGCGCCAAAGGCUGCGACGAAGGGUGGAGUUAUCGCUUCUGCGGGGCGCACGCUCUUUUGUGACACUUAACAUCCAUUCAAAUUGCCACCAAAAGGCGUACCCCAUUUUCUACGCAUCAGGAAAGAGUACAAUACCGUUCCGAAUAACGGUUGCUCUUGAGCGUGCUGUGCAGUGAAGUUUCGUUCUUCGGGUGCAUAAUAUUACAUAGUUUUAGACAUAAUAAGUGUGCUUGUGAUAAGAAAACAUACGGGUAACUACAACUAAGUUGUGUAAUAACUUCGUGAACAUAUGUUAUUUCAUUUUUGCUGUGUAAAAAAAACAGAAGCGCGUGCCCCAUGACGUGCUGAACUGAGACUUUAUGAUGUUACAUAGCGAAAGGAGAGAGAGAUAUUGUUGCUCACAUAGAUGGGCAUGGGCUUCUUUACCGAAACUUGGCAGUGACCAGUGGACGAUCUAGUCUGAGCAAUGCACGCUGGUUUUGCCCCGACAGUUCCUAAUGUCUGUUCCUAGUCAUUCCAGAGAUCUCCUGUGUUCCUCUAGUGCGAUGGUAACGUGCUACUGUAUUAAAAAAAAAAAGAAAUCAAAAUGUGUUUUUCUGUGCAAACGGCACAUAUUGUACCAGGAGCCUAUAUCAACAAAAGCAAUGUUUUCUCUUUAUAGUACGACCUUUGGACGGAGAUACUAAUAAAAGUAUGUUAACGCAGA